UAGAUCCGCCCCUGUCAAAGUGAACACUAUCCAGUUCGAGGAAACAGUCUAGCUGAUUCUAAAAUAAAUGUGUGUAUUUGUGGUUUUGUGUCAAACGCAGUCACAUAAUGUUCUAGAAUGUUCUGCACACUGAUGGACUCUAAAACUGUCCAAAGGGGAUUCAUUGUAAUGACAGUGUUAUGACACAGAGACGUGUAAAAUAAAAUGCAGCCCGCAGAGAGGCAGAGAUUGAAGCGCCAAUAAACAUGGAGUAAAGGAGGAAAGAAUUCUUUCUCUGUGUGUCAUCACUGGACAUGUUGAUGGAGGGGGGAAAGUAAAAUUGACAAUAUCAUUGUAGGAAGGAACUAAAAGGGGCGACGCUCCGCUCCACUCCACUGAAGUAGGGAUGUCUCCAGUGGAAGAAGAAGAAGAAGAAGGGGGAGGGUUCCACUUUGUCACAGGCUGCUAUGUAGAUUAACCUUUCAAUUAGUUGUUAUCAGCUCCUCUCUCCAUGUCUCGGCGCAAGCUUUGCUUCCAAACAGACAUCAAAUCCCGGAGAAAGCGCUCGGAUAUGUCGCCGCGUGUUUAUCCAUCGACGUGUCGGCGAUAAGAAGCAGAUAAGGAGUCUUUCCGAAAGAGGGGGACAAACUUGAAGAGGUUUAUGCUGGGAUUAAACAAAUGAAGAUCCAAGCCAGCCGUUAACAUUUGUGGAAUUAACUAGUGCCAACUUUUCCUCAACUCAAAUGUCAGACACCCAGGAUUAAGAAGAAAUGUUUGGAUGCUGGCGUGGGAUUGUAACUUUUUAACCUGGUUGAGGAUGUGGAUGUACCAAGUGUUCUGCAGCAAAAAAGGGGAAUCUGUAUGGAUCACAUUUUUGUGUGUCUAAUUGUUCAAUCAUGGUAAAACUUGCAAACCCUCUGUACACUGAGUGGAUUCUGGAAGCAAUACAGAAAAUCAAAAGGCAAAAGCAGAGGCCCUCAGAGGAGAGGAUUUGUCAUGCGGUGGCUACAUCGCACGGACUGGACAAGAAGACCGUCCUUGAGCAGUUGGAAUUAAGUGUUCAUGAUGGCUCUAUUCUCAAGGUUACAAAUAAAGGGAGCGCCUCUUACAAGGACCCAGGAAAUCCUGGAAGAGUUGGAUCAAUCCCGCCUGCAAAUACAUCUGUGCCAUCAAAGGAAUCUAUAUGGAAUUCAAGUGACCUACGCCACAUUGAUUGGAAUAAAAUACUUAACAGGGCCAUUGAGGGCCUGGAUGAUACCCAUGGCUCUUCGCUAAAAAACAUCGAGAGCUAUCUGAGGAAUCAGGAUGACCUCUCAAACAUUGUUGAUAACCCUGCUUUUCGCCAGAGGUUACGUCUGGCUGCCAAGAGGUCUGUUAACAACGGCAGGUUGUUAAAAAAUGGCCCGCGGUAUACUCUCAGCCAUGGCAGCGUGGAAGGAAGGGGAGCCAGGUGUCCAAGUACUCGCCCCUUGCUCCUGUCAUCAGUAACACUCCUCCCCCAUGAGCGAGACCAGCUCCGGGUUGACCCCAUCCCAAUAUGCAGUUUUUGUCUCGGAACGAAAGAGUCAAACCGGGACAAGCGGCCUGAAGAGCUGCUGUCCUGCGCGGACUGUGGGAGCAGUGGGCAUCCAUCAUGUCUGAAGUUCUCCCCUGAAUUAACAUCCAAUGUGAAGAGAUUACGCUGGCAGUGCAUUGAAUGCAAGACCUGCAGUUCCUGUAGGAUACAGGGGAAAAACGCUGAUGAAAUGUUGUUCUGUGAUUCAUGUGAUCGAGGCUUUCACAUGGAGUGUUGCGACCCGCCGCUUUCAAGAAUGCCAAAAGGAACCUGGAUCUGCCAAGUUUGCAGGCCCAAAGAGAAUGAGAAGAAAUUGCUGCACCAGAAAGCCGAUCAGAUCAAACGUCGAUAUGCAAAGCCAAUCAGAAGGCCCAGUAAUAAGCUCAGUCAAAGAAUCUCUGUAACCAGUGGUGACGGCUGCAUGGUAGCACAUGGAGGAAAGGGGUCACCUGGUAGGGGUCAAAAGAUUACCGUCUGUUCCACACCUUCAUCUCGUCAUGCUGCAUCUGUGAAGGACGUCAGAGACAGAUUGGCUGUUGCAGACCCCUGUUGUGCGGUCGACGCCACCCAAUUCACCACUUCCACCCCCACCACCACUCUCCCCCUCACGCCCACCUCCACUCCAGCUACACUCACUGUUAACAAGAAAACCAAAGGGCUUAUUGAUGGGCUAUCCAAAUUUUUCACCCCUUCCCCUGUUGGCCGUCGCUCGCGAGCUGUAGCGGUUGAUUCCCCUGCCAAACAGUUAAGCUCUAGAGACAAGGGCAUACCAAAAUUGUCCAACCCCCCAGAGCCGUUUACCUUUGCUGCUGACCCCAGUCAAACGAUAACCCUCUCGUCCUCUGCACUUCCUCUGGCUUCCACAUUGCCAGGAUUUAGUCCCACCUUGCAUAUGUCCAGCAGCUCCACCUCCGCUAAUUCCCCCCAGAGCUCUUCCAGCCAGUCUAGUGUUCCGUCCCUGAGUAGUCUCUGCAGUAGCAGCCAACUAAAGGGACUGUUUGAUGGACUCUCUCACAUAUAUACUACUCAGGGCCAGUCGCGGAAAAAGAGACUACCUUGCUAUGCGCCGCCUAAGCGGAUGCAUCAUAAGCAGGAUUCUCCUCACACAUCCAAAACAGGUCCUCAGCUCCUUGGGAAGAACGAGUUUACUAGAAAUAGGUUACACUCCACGUCUGCAGGGCCGGGCCGACCCAGAGGACACCCGUUUAAGAUGGUGAAUCGUUUCAAACGUAACCCGUUCCUCAAAAAGCACAGAACACUAGGCAGGCUGAGGUAUAAAGUGAGCCCUCAGAAGGGAGCCCCUUCACCAGGAAAGGGAGACUUGACAGAUGGAAGAAUUAAGCCUGAGAAUAAUGAUGGCCUUGCUGGGAACCUGCCCGUGAAGCAGGAGGCUCACACCGAGCUGGCAGCCAUGUCCAGAGACCACGUCACAGAUGAGGACAUUGAGACAUUUAAGUGUGUUCAGCGACUCGCCGCUCAGAGAACGGGAUCACUAAUGAACCCAGACUCUGUGCGAUGUCCUGCCGUUAUUGACUUUGGAAAGCAUGAGAUCCAAACCUGGUAUUCAUCACCUUACCCACCAGAAUAUUCAAGAUUACAAAAGCUUUAUCUGUGCGAGUUCUGUCUGAAGUACAUGAGAAGCAAAGACAUUCUCCAGAGACACACAAAGAAGUGUGGCUGGUUCCACCCGCCAGCCAAUGAAAUCUACAGAAAGGACGACCUUUCUGUAUUUGAGGUUGAUGGAAAUGUCAGCAAACUAUUCUGCCAAAACCUCUGCCUGUUAGCCAAGCUUUUCCUGGAUCACAAGACCCUGUAUUAUGAUGUGGAGCCAUUCCUCUUCUACAUACUUACAAAGAAUGAUGAGAAAGGCUGUCAUCUUGUGGGUUAUUUCUCCAAGGAAAAGCUUUGCCAGCAGAAGUACAAUGUCUCCUGCAUAAUGAUCAUGCCUCAGUACCAAAGGCAAGGAUUUGGAAGGUUCCUUAUUGAUUUCAGUUACCUUCUCACCAGACAAGAAGGACAAGCCGGCUCCCCAGAGAAACCGCUGUCAGAUCUGGGUCGCUUAUCUUACCUGGCAUAUUGGAAAAGUGUCAUACUGGAGUACCUUUAUAAGCACCCAGAUAAACACAUCAGUGUUAAAGGAAUAAGCAGGGCCACUGGGAUGUGUCCACACGACAUCGCCGCUACUCUCCAGCAGCUUGGAAUGAUUGACAGACAGGAUGGCAGGAUUGUCCUGGUCAGAAGAGAGCGACUCAUUCAGCGGCACAUGGAAAAACUCAGAGCUAACUCGCGGCAAAAUGAAGUGGACCCUGAUGCCCUGCGCUGGACGCCCUCCACAAGUGUCAACGCUGUCCUGUCUGAGGAGGAGAGAGAGGCAGAGAUGGACGCUGAGCGGCUGAAGCAGCAGGCCAGUUGCUGGGAGAAGGAGGAGAGAGAGGGAUACUCGAUGAGUCAUGUGGGCAGACCACCUCUCACAAAGGUCCACUGUAAGGUUCCCUACAGGACCUAUGAACGCCGACAUGUGCCCUCGUGGUCGAGACGCUUCCAGCAGCCACAGGAAGUGAGUGAUGAUGAAGCUGAUGAUGAUGAGGAUGAUGAUGACAACUCGGAUGGCUCUGAUGGCUCUCCACCCAUCCUAACAAAAGCCCAUGCCAUGCUUGCAGCAAAACGAAAGAGAACAAUUGUCCUCAAAAAGAGAGGGCGGAAGAGGAAGAGAAUAAACAGCAGUGUAACAACCGAAACCAUCUCGGAGACAACGGAGGUGCUGAACGAGCCAUUUGACAACUCUGACGAUGAGCGUCCUAUGCCCCUGCUGGAGCGGACCUGCAGAGUGGGCGAGAUGGAGGAUGAGGAGGACGAAGAGGAAGCAGAGGACAAGCAGCCCAUUAUACCAAUGAAAAGGCGAAGGGGUCGACCGAGGCUGGAGAAGAAUGCACAGAAAGACAAUCUAGUACACUGGAAUGAAGGAGCUGAUCUUCUGUCUAAGAGACCUGGCAGACCUCGUCCAGUGAAACGUAAGAAAGGCUGGCCCAAAGGAGUCAAACGUGGCCCUCCUAAAUGGAGGUUAAAAAAUGAAAGAAAGAUGGGCUUUAAGCUGAACCUGUAUACCCCUCCAGAAACCCCCAUGGAACCAGAGCAGCACAACAUUCAGACAGUAGAAGCAAAGGAUAACCUGCACAGGGAUGAUGUCAGUGCCGAUGAAGGCAGCAAAGUGGACGUGGCUAGCCCUGACAUAACUCAGGACAUGCUACCCUCCGAGCCCUCAAGUCCAGCUGAUCAUGUGUCCCAGAAGUCCAGCUCUCCUGAUGUGUCACCAGUAGCCUCUCGGGUCUGCUCACCUGCAGCUUCACCUUGCAUCUUUUCCCCGAGGCCUGAGGACAGAGCAGACUCUCCGGAACCACCUGAAGAUGAGCAGCAGGAGAGCGACCACGAGCAGCAGUCUCUGGCCAAAGAUGCAGCACACACGGAAGCAGCUGCGUAUUUGCAGAAUAACGACGGGAAGAGCGAUGAUGAGCUUGAGCAGAAAACUCACAUGGAAGAUAAGGAACCUGAUGAUGAGGAUGACAGUCGAAGCAACGAGGCAGAAGUAAAGAGCAGGGAAGCAGAGUUGGAAGAAAGUUCGAAGAAAGAAAUAGCUGAGUGCAGCCCACCUUUUUUAGAGCCCAAAGAAGACAACGACUCUGAGCUGAGUCAGCAGGUUCCUGCAGUACCAUGCAGUGUCAUUGAAGAAGCAACUGCUGCAGAUGAGGCAGAAAAAGGCACCAGAGUAGCAACGCCACCAUGUGAAGCAGUAGCAGUCCCUUCAGUUCCAGCUGCAGACUCGGACAACGCAGUUGACUCUGAGUCAGAGGAAGAGAGCAUGCCCAGUCCCUGCCCAGAUCAUCCUCCUUCUCAGACUGCAGAAGGGCAACAGCUCAGUCCCGUGCUGAGGGAGGAUCCCCCAAUCUCUACAGAGAUUGACUCAGAGACGGCCCAAGCUGUUCAGUCCUUGACGCAGGAGGCAGAGCGGGAGACCAUUUUCCAAGACUGUGUGGAGAGCCAGGAGCCCUGCAGGACUCUACAAACCUACGCCCACGUGGCUCAGAGCCCUCAGCUCACGUCAUUAGAUGACUGCCCACCGUCUGCCCACAGCAGCCCGAUGUCUUCUGCACAGUCCCAUCCCAGCCAGUCCGUACGCUCUGUGAACAGCCCUGCUGUCUCCCUCCUUGAGAGUGGCUACACACAGAUCAGCCCUGACCACAGCGCCAUCUCUGUACCGUCGCUCCACAACAUGGAAACGAGUCCCAUGAUGGAUGUGCCGUCAGUAUCGGACCACUCGCAGCAGGUUGUAGACAGUGGCUUCAGCGAUCUGGGCAGCAUCGAGAGCACCACGGAGAAUUACGAGAACCCGAGUAGUUACGACUCCACCAUGGGGGGUAGCAUUUGUGGGUCCGGUCCCUCCCAGAACAGCUGCUCCUACGGCAGCAUCCCCCCCAGCGGCCUGACACAGAGCAGUUGCGCAGUCAGUCAGCAAAUGGCUGCCGUCAACCCUGCAAGCUGCGGGAUGAUUCAGCAGAACAGCCUGAGCUCGCCGCCACACUGCAACGUCAAGUCGCCGCAGGGCUGCGUAGUGGUGGAGAGGCCCCCAAGCAACAGCCAGCACAGUCAGCACAGUCAACACAGUCAACACAGUCAACACAGUCAACACAGCCAACGCGUUCAACACAGUCAACACAACUCCCACAACAGGCAUGGCCCACACAAUCAGCACAGCCAACACAAUCAGCACGGUCCACACAAUCAGCUAGGCCAGCACAGUCAACACAAUCCACAGACACACCACAGUCACCACCACAAUCACCACCUGCAGCACAAUCAGCUUAACCAGCACAAUCAGCAUCCGCAGCAUAAUCUUCACAAUCAGCACGCUCAGCACAGCCAGCAGCAGCCCAUGGCCCAGUGCGCCCUGCCAGCCAACUUCACGACCAUGCAGCUGGCCGACAUUCCCGAGUCUGGAAACCCAAACUUUGCCCUCUACGAGAGGAUCAACCACCAGGGGGAGUACGGCGGCAGCCAUUACUCACAGUCGUCCGGCCUCAGUCUGGCCAAACUGCAGCAGUUCACCAACACUUUCAUGGACCACCCUCACCCACUGCCUUUCAACCACUCCGCCUCACACCCCAUCACCUCGUAUGCAAACACCCCUACUCUGUCAUCACAACACUCCAGCCUAGUGUCCUUGUCCCAGACGCAACACCGAGUCCCCAACCCACAGGUGCAGGCCACCAUGACCCCUCCCCCCAACCUCAGCUCCCCGUCGCCAAUGAUGCUGCAGCGCAACAUGGGCAUCUCGCCCUCACAGCGGAUCCAACCACAAAUGGCGUCCAAGAAUCACAUCUCAGCACGCUCCAAGUCGGCCCCUCUGUCACACCACCACCAGCAGCAGAUGUAUGCGCGACCGCCACAAACCAUGGCCAUGCAGGCGCCGUCCAGGACACUGCCUGCCAUGCCACGCGUGAACAUGAGCGUGAACAUCAUGCCGGCGCCUGCCUACAACGUCAACUCUAUGAACAUUAACGGUUACAGCAUGAGCCAGCCCAUGAUGAACAGUGGCUACCAUGGCAACCAUGCCUACAUGAACCAGUCACCCCAGUACUCUAUGCAGAUGGGCAUGAUGGGAACGCAGCCAUACCCCCAGCAGCCUAUGCAGGCUCCACCACAUGGCAACAUGGUGUACACUCCAGCUGGUCCUCAUGGUUACAUGAACACAGGCAUGUCCAAGCAGUCGCUGAAAGGCUCUUUCAUCAGGCGGUAACUCAGCUGCUCCUGCUCCUUGUUCUCCUUCUUCUCACGUGCAUUUUGCUGUUUUAAAAAAAUGCACUGAUCUGGCCUUGUUUUCUCCUGUUUUCGUUUGGAUGUAUUUUUUCGUUGUUUAAUACUUAAAAAAAAAACCAGCAGCAGCACUUGGAAAGAAUGCAAGAAUGAUUUUUUUUUUUCUUUUUUUUUCAACAACGAGUGAACUUUGAAGCUAAUGUUAAAAAGUAUUUUUGUUUCUCCAGAUGGGAAGCCUUACAUCAUUAUGAUGAAAAUCUAUUUAAUUAGUGUUAGUGUCUCUGAUGUGUCUUUAGUGCAGGCAGGUUCAGAGCUCACACGUAGAGAUUUCCUCGCAGUGGUGUAGCAGCCUCUAAUGAAGCCAUUUAAUGUGCCUGCUACAAGUGGAGUUAGUGGCUGUUCCAAACUGUUCAGUGUACCUGUCUAACAGUGCUGGCAAUUAGUUUGUACUAUACUCAUGCCUUUGUAUAUUUAAAUUAUUGUACUAAUUUUGUAAAGUGACAACUAGCAUGCUUCAGUCUCUGUUAGUGACAGUGCAUUGAGUAGUACUGUACAAGUGUUGUGCUUAAUAGCAAGCCAUUUUAAAGAUAUCUGGCCUUUAUUAGGUUUCCCUUCACGGGGGAAAAAAGAUAAAACUAUAUUUUGUUAAUUCUAAUAAUGUAAAAAAAAAAAAAAAGAAGAAGCAAACUUAGUCCUGUUUUACGUUGGGUUUGAGAGGUUUUAUUGCUACGUAUGUAUAAUUCUGAAGUCUUUUGUAACAGAUCUCCUUGAGGCAGCUUUCUGUUUAAUAAAGCAGACUGAUUUCUGUCAAAAUAA